GCUUUGCGAUAUCUUUAUAAAACCAUACGGAGAUGAGCAACAGUUAGCACUUUCUGUCAGCCCAGGGAGGAGAGGAGGCAAGAGCGAGCGAGGGGAGAGAGAGCGAACGACUGGGGCUGUUGAUUUUGUCCCAAUUUCCACACUUUUAGAAAGUGUUGCCUCCCCUUGAGCUGAGAGGAUGGAGAAUGCUCACAUCCAGGAGCCAGCUGCAUGCCUAUCCUACUUUAGUGUCAGUGAGAACACGGGCCUCUCACCUGACCAGGUCAAGAGGAACCUGGACAAGUUCGGCUAUAACGAGCUGCCUGCUGAGGAAGGUAAAUCGAUCUGGGAGCUGGUGGCGGAGCAGUUUGAGGAUUUGUUGGUCAGGAUCCUGCUGCUAGCUGCCUGCAUCUCUUUUGUUCUGGCGUGGUUUGAGGAGGGCGAGGAAACUGUAACUGCCUUCGUUGAGCCUUUCGUUAUUCUGCUCAUCCUUAUUGCCAAUGCUGUGGUCGGUGUUUGGCAGGAGCGCAACGCCGAGAGCGCCAUUGAGGCUCUGAAAGAGUAUGAGCCAGAGAUGGGCAAGGUGUACCGAGCUGACAGGAAGAGCGUGCAGAGGAUCAAGGCCAGGGAGAUCGUCCCUGGAGACAUUGUGGAAGUGUCAGUUGGUGAUAAAGUCCCUGCUGAUAUCAGAAUCACUUCAAUCAAAUCCACAACUCUGCGUGUUGAUCAGUCCAUCCUUACUGGUGAGUCUGUGAGUGUGAUUAAGCACACAGAGGCUGUACCUGACCCCAGAGCCGUCAAUCAGGACAAGAAGAACAUGCUCUUCUCUGGAACUAACAUCGCUGCAGGAAAAGCCAUUGGUGUAGCUGUGGCCACCGGCGUCUCCACAGAGAUUGGAAAGAUCCGUGACCAGAUGGCAGCCACUGAACAGGAGAAGACGCCACUGCAGCAGAAGUUGGAUGAGUUUGGAGAGCAGCUCUCAAAGGUCAUCUCGCUCAUCUGUGUGGCCGUGUGGCUCAUCAACAUUGGCCACUUCAAUGACCCCGUUCACGGUGGCUCCUGGAUCCGUGGCGCCAUUUAUUAUUUUAAAAUCGCUGUGGCCCUGGCUGUGGCUGCCAUCCCUGAGGGUCUUCCUGCUGUGAUUACUACAUGCUUGGCUCUGGGCACACGCCGUAUGGCAAAGAAGAAUGCCAUUGUGCGCUCUCUACCAUCUGUGGAGACGCUGGGCUGUACCUCAGUCAUCUGCUCUGACAAGACUGGCACUCUGACCACCAACCAGAUGUGUGUGACCAAGAUGUUCAUCAUUGAGAAGGUGGAAGGGGACAAUGUGACUCUUGAUCAAUAUGAUAUCUCUGGCUCAAAAUACACACCUGAAGGAGAAGUAACUAAAAGUGGUCUUCCAGUGAAAUGUGGCCAGUAUGAUGGGCUGGUUGAGCUGGCUACCAUCUGUGCCCUGUGUAACGACUCCUCUCUGGAUUAUAAUGAGUCUAAGGGAAUCUAUGAGAAGGUAGGUGAAGCCACUGAGACUGCACUCUGCUGCCUGGUGGAAAAGAUGAAUGUGUUCAACACUGAAGUCCGUGGCCUGUCCAAGGUGGAGCGAGCCAAUGCCUGUUGCACUGUAAUCAAGCAGCUGAUGAAGAAGGAGUUCACACUGGAAUUCUCCCGUGACAGGAAGUCCAUGUCUGUCUACUGCUCUCCAUCCAAGCCCUCCAAGGCGUCUCUUGGCAAUAAGAUGUUUGUCAAGGGUGCUCCUGAGGGUGUGGUUGACAGAUGUGCGUAUGUGCGUGUGGGAUCUACACGCAUACCCCUGACUGGCCCUGUGAAAGAAAAGAUCAUGGCUGUGAUUAAGGAAUGGGGAACUGGCCGCGACACCCUGCGCUGCCUGGCUCUGGCCACUCGAGACUCCCCUCUGAGGAAAGAGGAGAUGAAGUUGGAGGAUGCCACUAAGUUUGCUGACUAUGAGACUGAUCUCACCUUUGUGGGAUGUGUUGGCAUGUUGGAUCCCCCUCGCAAAGAGGUCAUGGGCUCCAUCAAGCUGUGCAAGGCUGCUGGCAUCCGAGUCAUUAUGAUCACUGGUGAUAACAAGGGCACUGCUGUGGCUAUCUGCCGUCGUAUUGGCAUCUUCGGAGAGGAUGAAGAUGUCACUGGGCGUGCUUUCACAGGUCGAGAGUUUGAUGACCUACCCCUGACACAACAGAGAGAGGCGGUGCGAAAGGCCUGCUGCUAUGCCCGUGUCGAGCCUUCUCACAAAAGCAAGAUUGUAGAAUUCCUGCAGAGUUAUGAUGAGAUCACAGCCAUGACUGGUGAUGGUGUGAAUGAUGCUCCUGCCCUGAAGAAGGCAGAGAUUGGUAUUGCCAUGGGCUCUGGUACAGCCGUUGCCAAGUCAGCCUCUGAGAUGGUCCUGGCCGAUGACAACUUCUCUUCUAUCGUGUCUGCUGUUGAGGAAGGCAGAGCCAUCUACAACAAUAUGAAGCAGUUCAUCCGCUACCUUAUCUCCUCCAAUGUGGGAGAGGUUGUCUGUAUCUUCCUGACUGCUGCUCUUGGUCUGCCUGAGGCCCUGAUCCCAGUGCAGUUGUUGUGGGUGAAUCUGGUCACUGAUGGUCUACCUGCUACUGCUCUGGGUUUUAACCCCCCUGACUUGGAUAUCAUGGGAAAGGCUCCUCGAUCUCCCAGAGAACCACUAAUUUCUGGCUGGCUCUUCUUCAGAUACCUGGCCAUUGGAGGUUAUGUUGGAGCUGCUACUGUGGCUGCUGCUGCAUGGUGGUUCAUUUACUGUGAGGAAGGCCCAAUGGUGACCUUCUACCAACUGUCCCACUUCAUGCAGUGCACUGAAGAGAAUGAGGACUUCGCUGACAUUGAAUGUGAGGUGUUUGAGUCUGCUCCCCCGAUGACCAUGGCCCUGUCUGUGCUGGUCACCAUUGAGAUGUGCAACGCCCUCAACAGCUUGUCGGAGAACCAGUCCCUGAUACGUAUGCCACCCUGGAGCAACCUCUGGCUGGUGGCUGCAAUGUCCCUGUCGAUGUCCCUACACUUUAUGAUCAUCUAUGUCGAUCCUCUGCCUAUGAUUUUCAAGUUGACUCAUCUGAAUCUGGAACAGUGGAUGAUAGUGCUGAAGCUCUCUCUUCCCGUCAUCCUCAUCGAUGAGGUGCUCAAGUACAUCUCUCGCACCUACUUGGAACAGAAAGAAGAGAACCUGGUGUCUAAGAGAUGGGACUAAGACACAGAAAGCUGACAAGUAGAUGAAAUGAGAAAGAACUGGCUUUAAAGAAUGAGCACAAUUAUGUCUCAUGAAAGGAAUUACAACAAAACAUUCAAGCAACUAACAGUGAACAAGCCAACAAGCGUGAAAAUACAAAAAAAAAGGAAGAAAAAAAUGAAAGAAAAUAUAUAAAACACACAAUGUUCUGUGAAUAUGAAUGUGAUCUAAGUUUAUGUAUUUAAAUAAAUUUACAUUAUAAGCAGCUACCUAAUAUUUUAAGGAUUCUAUUCCUAAAAAAAAAAAAAAAAAAAAUGUAUUUCUUAAUAAAGAUAUAUAUUUUAAAAAAUA